AUGUCGGAAAGAUCCGACAGCUCGACGCAGUCUAAUCUAUCGGGAUUCACCGAAACUACCAAAUUUGCGAUCCGAGCCAGGGACAAUAACAAAUGUUGGGCUUGCAUGUCACCAGAUGUCGAAUUUGCCCAUGUCAUGGCUAGGGCCGAUCGCCAGUUUCCACUUUGGGUCUCAGCGGGCUUAGUUGACUACAAGCUAUCAUCCGCCGAAAAUGGGAUAUCAUUAUGUCCCACAUGCCAUGACCAAUAUGAUCGAUACGAGGACCCCGGCUUUUUAAUCCUGCCAUCCGACCUUCAGUUUUUUGUCAACUUUGAAAUGAACGAUAAAAAACGGAGAGAGAAAGAGGCCAAACCCAUUCGACAGAUCCCGUCCAAGGAGGAUUACCUUAAACAUUGUAUCCAACUUGGACGAGUACCACCCGGCUCCCAGGGUGGCCUAUAUGACCGAGUGAUGUUGAAGCAUAUCACGCCGCAAGUCCCUUGGGAUAUCUAUCGGUCGCCCCCCGCAAAAAUCUGGGGAGGAUCGCCAGUGGCGACUCUUCGUCGUGCCAUACUCGGAAUUCUCAGCAGUCGGGCAGCCACGAUAGAUUCUAAGGUUCUGUCCGAUUUGACGAAGCUAAGAAAUUUAUACUUCACCCCUGGGACGUACAACCCUAUCAACCCCAACAUACAGGAGCCCCCUCCAUCAUUUAUAUCUCCGCCGGGUCCAUCUACUCUCGGGAUUGCCGAGAAUUUCCUACCUCCAUCUCCAGAUCCUCCAGGUCCUUCGCUGGGUCCUCCGCCAGAUCCUCCGGAUCACAAUCACUCGAAAAAACGGGCCAUAGAGGACCAUAUGCCAGAGAGCAACAAGAGGAUCAAACAAGAAAAACUUCCUGAGGUCUCGGACAUCCAGGAAACCUUCAACCUUGGAUCAGACUGGACGGCCAAUGAUAUUUGCCGACAAUGGGCACAUCUAUGUGCCUAG